UGGCGAUGAUGGUGUUCGUUUAAAGAGCAGCGACGCGUUUUCACUCCCUUUUAGCUGCGACGAAUCUUUAAUUGUUACUGGUGACGACGAAGAACGCAAUGGGCAAUGCUGAUACAAAACUGAACUUUCGGAAGGCUGUGGUGCAAUUAACGUCGAAAAUUCAGGUGAUCGAUGCAUCGGACGAUAUAUUCUGGGAUCAAUUCUGGUCUGAGAAUGUGACCAACGUUCAGGAUAUCUUUACCCUGAUUCCGGCCCCGGAGAUUCGUGUGUUGAGAGAAGAGGCACCUUCCAAUUUAGCCACAUUAUGCUACAAGGCGGUCGAGAAGUUAGUCAAGGCAGUUGAUAGCAGCUGCAGGACUCAACGGGAGCAUCAGAUUGUUUUGAAUUGCUGCCGCUUGCUGACACGCUUGUUACCCUACAUAUUCGAGGAUCCCGAUUGGAAAGGCUUCUUUUGGUCCAGUUUACCUGGCAAAGAUGACGAGGAGAGCUUACCAUUGGCACAUUCUUUAUUGAAUGCACUUUGUGAUCUAUUAUUUUGCCCUGACUUUACUGUAGCUGCAAACAGGAAAUCCGGUCCGGAUAAAGCCGAUGAGUUGCAGUCGAUAGACAGUUGUGAAUAUAUAUGGGAAGCGGGAGUAGGCUUCGCAUAUUCGCCACCUAGGUACCCCAUUCUAGAUUCCAACCGUACGGAAUUGUUGAAGCUCUUGUUGACAUGCUUCAGCGAAACCAUGUACAAUCCGCCGAUGGAUCUAUCAAUCACGCCGAACAAAUGGAUUGAACAUUUGACUAGCAGUGAAAACAGACACGCUUUACCUAUGUUUACAUCACUUUUAAACACAGUAUGCGCAUAUGAUCCCGUCGGAUAUGGAGUGCCAUACAAUCAUUUACUGUUCACGGAUUCCUUAGAGCCGCUGGUCGAUGUCGCGUUGCAAAUCUUGAUCGUAACUUUAGAUCAUGACACUACUGGUGGAAUACCGUUGGAAGAGGGAGCAGUCGGAGACAAUUUGUUCAUCAAUUAUUUGAGUCGAAUCCAUCGCGAUGAAGAUUUCCAAUUUGUUCUAAAGGGUAUCACUAGACUGUUAAAUAAUCCAUUAAUGCAAACAUAUCUGCCAAACUCGACCAAAAAAGUGCAUUUUCAUCAAGAGCUGCUAGUCUUCUUCUGGAAGAUGUGUGAUUACAAUAAGAAGUUCUUGUAUUACGUGCUAAAGAGCUCCGACGUCCUUGAGGUUCUCGUGCCGAUUCUUUAUCACUUAAACGAUUCGCGUGCUGACCAAUCACGAGUUGGUUUAAUGCACAUCGGUGUAUUUAUUUUACUUCUCUUGAGCGGAGAACGCAAUUUCGGAGUGAGGUUGAAUAAACCCUAUACGGCUACAGUGCCUAUGGAUAUUCCCGUUUUUACAGGAACGCAUGCUGAUCUCUUAGUCACUGUAUUUCAUAAAAUCAUCACGACCGGUCAUCAGAGACUGCAACCGCUAUUCGACUGUCUACUAACGAUUCUAGUCAAUGUGUCGCCGUACCUUAAAACACUGUCUAUGGUGGCCAGCACGAAACUGCUACAUUUGUUGGAGGCAUUUAGUACGCCAUGGUUCCUUUUCUCAGCACCCACUAAUCACCAUUUGGUGUUCUUUUUACUCGAGAUCUUUAACAAUAUUAUCCAGUAUCAAUUUGAUGGAAACAGCAACUUAGUCUAUACUAUAAUACGCAAACGGCAAGUAUUCCACGCUCUCGCGAAUCUGCCCAGUGAUUGCAACACGAUCGCGAAGUCCCUUAGUAAGAGGCAGCGUCGUCACAUGCCUGCGAGUACAUCUAACGUUGAACCUGGCACUUUGAAGGCAUCCUUGUUGGAGACUCCCGGUAUUGAGAACAUGACGGAAAAAGAAUCUGCGCAUCCACUGAGUCCGGCGGUCAGCAUUGACAUUAAUAAAUUAAUUAAUAAUCGAUCAGAGAGCAAGACGGAUAUCGCAGAAGAAUCAAUGAAUGCGACCAAGAAUUCCGUGGUGCCGAAGGGUGGCAUUCGUGUGGCUGAGCAAACGAGUACCAAUAAUAUCAAUAACGUUAAUCAGUGGGUGCCGUCCAGCGAGUGGGUGUAUCAGUGGAAGAGCAAGCUUCCUCUGCAGACCAUUAUGCGACUGCUUCAGGUCCUCGUUCCACAGGUCGAGAAAAUCUGCAUCGACAAGGGGCUGACAGACGAGAGCGAAAUCUUGAAGUUUCUGCAACACGGUACUCUUGUUGGGUUAUUGCCAGUGCCGCAUCCUAUUCUCAUCAGGCGGUAUCAGGCUAACGCCGGCACAACCGCAUGGUUUCGUACGUAUAUGUGGGGUGUUAUAUAUUUGAGAAACGUCGAACCACCCAUAUGGUACGAUACAGACGUUAAGCUGUUCGAGAUCCAGAGGGUUUAGAUAAUAAUUGUCAAAAGGUUCGUUAUCGUUCGCUUGAAAUACUGUUUUAUUGGCAGUGCGCAAGAAGAUGAGUCAUCGAACUCGUUAUUGUGUGUGUAAUAUUAUUCCUGAAUAUUAAUUAAAAUUGAAGGAUUCAAUGUGACGCUUUCAUAAAAACUCUUUAAUAGUUUCUUCUGUUUUAAA